GAAGAGGUCAAGGAGCGAAACGACUGUAGGUCGUCUACCCAGGUUUUCGGAUUUAAGCUUUCAAAGAGCAAGCCAUGGUUGUCUUAUCGAUAGCUCAGAAGGUGGCGCUUGGUCUGGCGCUACCGACGGCAGCUUUGCUGGUCUAUCUCUUGUGGAGGAGCACUGACGAUGAUGAAGGUGUGGAUUCUGAAUCCUUCGUUACUUCCCGCCAGACAGUGAUCGAGGUGAAAGUUCCCCGUCCUGUGGUCGGAGCUGUGAUUGGACGACAGGGUUGUGUGAUCAAACAGGUCGCACAGGAGACCGGCGCCAGGAUUCACUUCCGUGACCGAGACGGCGACAAUGAUGAGGAGGGCCCAGACCGCAUCGUACUCAUCCGAGGGAACAUGGAAUCUGCGCAAAAUGCCGAACUCAAAAUACGCAAAAUCAUCGCAGAACAGCCGGAUGUGGUGGUCGAGGAAAUCCAUGUGCCGCAGAGAAUGUUGGGGAAAAUUAUAGGUCGUGGUGGUGAAAAUAUCCGUCAAAUGAUGCGGAUAUCAAAGUGCCGGAUUAACAUAAGUCGUUCUGGGGGCGAUCGAGGGCCGAAUACGUUGACACCAGUUGAGUUGAAAGGAUCUCAGGAGCAGAUUGAGACUGCCAAGGCUUUGAUCGACGAGAAAAUAGCCGAGGCAGAUAACGAUCGGGCGAGGGAUGCGGUCAUCAUGGCAAAUAGGCGGGAACGUGGCCGGCCGCGGGGAGACGCACAGCCUGUUAAAGAGGCAAGCCUUUAUGCACCAGACCAAGUGCGUAUGCCAGACCACGGAGAUUACAUUGAAGUCUACGUCUCGGCCAUGGAGCAUCCAGGACAGUUCUGGUUGCAGUUGUUAACGACAAGCUCAGCGCGGUUAGACCGCCUCGUAGACACUAUGACCACUUUCUAUGAUGAUCCCGAAUCAAUUCAGUACGCCAAGGUGAUCCACUUUAACGAAGGUGAUAUUGUCGCUGCCCCCUUCCCAUAUGACAGCUCCUGGUACCGCGCCCGUAUCACUAAGACACCUGAGGGUGACGACAUAGACUUGUUCUAUGUGGACUAUGGUGAUACUGGCACCGUUCACAAGGAGAAAAUACGACAAAUAAGGAGUGAUUUUCUUAGUCUUCCUUUCCAAGCAGUCGAGGUUUGCCUCGACAAUGUGACCUCUCGAGACGAGCAAUGGUCAGAGGAAUCGUUAGACUUAUUUGAAGAGAUCACUGCACCGGGAAAAUGGAAAACGUUAAUGGCACGCACAAAAAGUUUUAAAGGGACGAAAAACGGUUCUAUACCAUGUGUGGAGUUAGUCGACACUAAUGGUUCUGAGGACGUAUACAUAGCACAGAAACUUGUUGAUUUGGGAUUUGGCGUCUUUGAUGAACCAGCCAAGAGUGCUGAUACGUCCACUGUAGUUGAGAAUGGUGACACAGGGGGAGCCACUGAAGAGGUAGAAACGAGCACGGUAGAUUUCAGUACCGCUGAAAGUCACCGUCAUGCAUUCCGUGUAAGUUUGAGAUUUAGAUUCGGUUGGGUGCCUAACCUUGAUUUUGUCCCGGGAUGCCUGCAGAAAAGUGUUGUAUGGUGCAUGACAUGGGAGAGGGUGUUGGGCUGCCUUACCGAUGCUACAUGGAUGUUUUUGUCAUAAGAGAUGACGGCAUCAGUAACAAAGUGUUGUUCACGAUGCAUUUUUCUGCUGGUAUAAUUCAGAUAGUCCCACAAACCCAUUCCAUUUGACUGGAGAAGUGAAUGCUUCUAAAUAUCUGCAUACAGACCUACUCUACCUUGGUGAUCAUUCCCCAUGAACAACUCUACCUUAUCCCCCAUUGAAGAAUCACCAACAAGCACAUGUACAUAAUAACGUCUCGACAUAAUCAACGUGAGCACAGAGUGCAUGUCCUCAACCACUGACUCAUCAACUGGACUGGUUGUUCUAUGUGGUCACAUGACCCCUCUGCACCUGAUGAGGGGAUUGCUUCGUAUCAAUGUGCUCAUCUGACCUCGGUGCCUGUCACCCUUGAGGUCAUGGGUUCAACUCUCAGUCAGUACACCUUCUCAUAGGAUAAAGAGGAUGCCUCUCUCUGACAGCACAGGCUUCAACAUUACAUUACAAAUUAAUAGAGAGGUCUGCCCUGGGGACACUUGACCUAUUGUCAGCUCACUCAUGUUCUCUCAUUGUAUACUGAAGGCAAACAGUGACCACAUGUAAACUUUCUCUUCUUUCUAUUUUAAGGAUGAGGGGCGGUAUAAAGAUCGAUUGAUCGUACAGCAGGUCAUGGAUUUCGGACGCCUUGAGAUUGACACGUGACCAUGGAUAUCUUCAUGUUUAGCGGACGUUUGGAAACCAACACGUGACCAUGGAUAUCUUCAUGUUUAGCGGACGUUUGGAAACCAACACGUGACCAUGGAUAGCCUGAUGUUUAGCGGACGUUUGGAAACCAACACGUGACCAUGGAUAGCCUGAUGUUUAGCGGACGUUUGGAAACCAACACGUGACCAUGGAUAGCCUGAUGUUCAGCGGACGUUUGGAAACCAACACGUGACCAUGGAUAGCCUGAUGUUUCUCAGAACAGAGAGUGAUUCAUUCAGGAAUGAGUUACAUUUAUAAAACGAGGCCAACUGCCGCAUGUUGCCAGGGUGGAAUGAGACAUUGUGUGAGUGUGCAGUGGGAUCAGAGGCAAUUGAGCGAGACCAAAUAAGUCUUGUUUCAUAAAGAAUGUUUGUAUCCAAGCAUCAACUCAUUUGGGGCCGGCCAUUUCACUGUGUGAUUCCAGUAGGCCUGUUUGCUAUUAAAGGUGAGGGAAGCUAUGCUCACUGCAGUACAGAUCUUUUUGUUAAAUAUGUAGAUAUGUCAUUUGAUAUCAAAUAAAGCGCAUUGUUUUUA